UGCGAACCCUCUACCUCAACGAAUUAAUCCGCUGUCUUUAUUGGUUUUCACCACUUGGCCUUGCAAAUUCAGAAAUGGGAAUGAAAAGACCCGGUGAUGCCUGCAGGUAUGGGGCCAGUUGAGUUGGGGACCUUGGGCUGAACUAUUUUACGUAAAUAAUUGUGCUCAAGUCAGCCUCAAAUAAGAAAAUUGCACUGCAUUUUAAAAUGUUGAUUCUAAGGUGUAAUAUAGCUGUUGUGUAAAUACAUAUAUUGUGUAAUAUAUGCACUACUGGUCAAACGUUGGGACGCGGUUUCUCAUUCAAAAGCAUAAGGAACUACGUCCAAACGUUUGACAUAUUUAUAUACAUGUUCUACAUAUAUACGUCUGGGUUUUUUUGUUUGUUUGUUUUUUUAUUCGCAUUGUGACUGUCUACAUCACAGAAAUGAAAGAAUGUUAAGUCGAAAAGAUGAGUACGCUCACGUCGACACAGCACUUGUGCUUAGUGCGGGCGUCUUGUCUCCAUGGCAACGGAUAACACUCGCGGUCCUGGCUCGAUGACUGAACCAAAUGGACGAGGAAGCUGUGUCGUCGGAUGUGGAAAACGGGGAAGAAAAUCAAGACGAGGACGAAGAAGCAGUAGAGGUUCGCCCUUUGGAUCAAGAUAUUAUAAUUCCCGGUCUGUCUUUGCUGUGCCGAACAGGAAAUGGAUUAAGACAUGCGUUCAUUAAAGUCGUCCUAAAGGACAAAAGACUCAGUGACAUGGCUGCGAUCAGCAAUUACAUUCACCUUCGGUUCAUGGACGUGUCCAACAACCGCAUUUCUGACCUUUCGCCUCUGUCAUCCCUCACACAGCUUCUUUGGCUCAAGAUGGACAAGAAUUAUGUAACAUGCUUCCCAGGACAAACCUUUUCUCAGCUGGUCUACCUCCAGUGGCUGAGUAUGGCAGUGAACCGGCUCACGGAGGUCGAAGGUCUUGUUGGACCAGCUUUGGAGAGUCUCAAUCUUUCAGGGAACCGGAUACAGAGAUUAAACGGUUUUGAGAGUUGCCUUUUUUCCAAACUGGGGACUUUGGAGCUGAGAGGAAACCGCUUGACUACGACUAAUGGCAUGAACCUGCCCAAUCUGCAGCGAUUAUAUCUGGCCCAAAAUCUUAUUACAAGUCUGGAGGGCUUGGAGAAGUUAGAGAGCCUCACCACUCUUCAUCUCCGUAACAACAAACUUGGUAAUCUGGAUGGACUCAACGCCAACAUGAAAUGUCUCCAGUACCUCAAUGUCAGAAGCAAUGACUUCUUAGAUGAGACCUGCCUGCGGGCCCUUGGCCUUGUGUCAAAAACCCUGCGAGUCGUGAUCCUCUCCGAGAACCCGCUGGACGGGACGACAGACUACCGGCCAUAUGUUCUUACUCUUAUUCCAAAACUCGAGCGCCUUGAUAAAGAGCCUGUCUCCCUGGAGGAGCGGGCUGAGGUGUGGAAGGCGAUUAAGGAACUCAAAGAGGAAACAGGCUAAAGUCAAACAUUUGUAAUAACUGCUCCACUUCCUGGAAAAGACUGGUUUGGGAUGGACGCCUAUGUAGAAACCUUAGAUUGUUUCUAUCUUGCAUACAGUGUUGUAUGAUGCACUAUAUUAUUGUUGACGAUACUUUAUGACAUCUAUUCCAUUAGCAAACGCUUCAAAUCCUGUAGUAAUGAACAGGGUUUCGUCUUUGCAAUCACUUCUUUAUUUCCCUGUGUAAUGAUGACGAGGCAAAUUUUGCGACCACUUCCCUGUUGGCAGCUAUCCAGCUGCACUUUUAAAGGGAGAGUACAGCAUUAUGCACACUAUUGGAAAUAGUUUCUCGUUCAGUUCAAAUACGAGUGCUGUUAUUCCAUCUGCAGCGCCUACGUCGUCAUUGAGCUUUUGCUAAAACGUGAACGUCCAACUUCUCAUUUUCUUGUCCUUUCUUGAAAGAAGUGGGUGCUGCUUUACUUCCUUGUAAUUACACAACAGCACGCCGUUGCAGGUUCUCUGCAGAGCGAGAAUGCGCGGUCUCUGCCAUUGGGCUAUUUUAAAUUUAGCUCACCAGUGAAGGCGACAUUGUGAUUUCCUGGACUUGUUGGGAGUGAAUUUUUGUUUCCUAGCCCGUAAAAUCAUUGUUGAUCAUUAUUGUGAGUGCAUGAUCAUGAUCAGUGUCUUCAGAUGGAUGAAUAUCGUGAAUUAGAAACUUAGUUAAAUGUAAUUAAAGCAAAUUUUGUUAUGUCAGAAGUGUGUAUCAAACUGGUAACCCUUUGGAUUAAUCAGUACCUAAGAAGUAGCUCGCAGUUUCAAGCAGGUCGGUGACCCAUGGUCCGUACAAACGCCGCUGCUAUACAACCCCAAAAACUACAUGAAAAUUAAACCUUUAUUUAAAACUGUCGUGGUCCGUCUCAACAGUUUUAAUAAUAGCAAUUGGCACUUUCAAGUGGUGGGAAGUAACAAAGAAGAAAUACUUGUUUUGUAAAUCUCUCGAAUCUGUAAAAUCACAUACAAGUAGGAUCUAUAUUGUUUGUGUGUUGUGAUCAUGAACUAAUUUAAAAUUUUUGCGACUCAGCUCACUACGCUAGCAGAGCUUCGGGAAGACAUCGGUUUGAUAACCCUAAGCCAACGCUAGCUAACUCAAACAAAAAAACAACAACAACCUACUUGGGACAUGUAACUCUCCAAACGGGUAUUAAGUUAGACAUGUGCACACAUAGCUGCUAGGCUCAAGCACCUGCCCUGUUGCCUGGA